AUGAGUGGAGAUGAAACAUAUGAAAGUGAGAAUUUUAUUCAUCAACAUCCGUUGCUAGUUGCUGAGCUUGGAAGCAGUGUGAUUUUACCCUGCUCUCACUCAGACGACUUUAUAAAUUCUGUUUCAUGGUAUAAACAUUCUUUUGGCAAGAAACCACUUCUCAUAGCAUAUUCAGAACAUGGCUCUGGAAGUGUUACAUAUCAAAAUGGCUUUAACAAUACAAAUAAAUACUGUAUCAGAACUGGAACUGGCUCUUUUAAUUUGACCAUCAUACACUUGGAAGAAUAUGAUUUUGCAACCUACUAUUGUGCUGUGAGCUUCUUGAACAUUAUUAAAUUUGGAGAAGGAACGAUUCUUCUACAUAAAGAGAGUGACGGAAUAAGAAGCACCACUGUUCUCCAGCAGCCUGUAUCUGACAGACUUCAUCCAGGAGAUUCAGUGACUCUGCAGUGUUCGGUCAUCAGUCAGAUCUGUGCAGGAGAAUACAGCGUCUACUGGUUCAGACAUUCAUCAGGACAUUCUCAUCCAGGACUCAUUUACACCCGUGAUAACAGGAGUGAUCAGUGUACGGAGAGAUCAGAGAACGGCUCUUCUACCCAGAGCUGUGUCUACAGUCUCUCUCAGACUGAACUCAGACCAUCUGAUGCUGGGAUUUAUUACUGUGCUGUUGUCACAUGUGGGAAGAUACACUUUGGAAAUGGAACUAAGUUAAUUAUAGAAGAUUUACAGUUCAUGUGGAACCCAAUUACUUUAGUUCUGGCAACAAUGAACAUCAUGACCAUGAUUGUGAUUACAAUUCUGCUGAUAGUGAUUCAAAAGAUCCUCAUUAGAGGAGAAGAACUUCUACUGUGGGAGAACGUCUACUGUCCUUUUCUGCAUAUUAGUGCCUCUCAUGUCUUCCACCAGGCUCAUAUGAAUGCGGAAGAGUAG